AUGGGCUCCUCCACUCCCCCCAAGAAACAGCUCAUCCUCAACGCCUUCGCCAUGCAAUCCCCCUCCCACCUCAACCCGGGCCUGCACCGCUACCCGCCGGACCAAGGCCACAAAUACACCUCCCUAUCCAAUUGGGUGCAACUCGCCCAGAAGCUCGAAGCGGCCAAAUUCCACGCCAUCUUCUUCGCCGACGUGCUCGGCGGCUACGACGUCUACCGGGGCCCGGCCAACCUGACGCCGACCAUCCCGGCCGGCGCGCAGUUCCCCAUCAACGACCCACUCUACAGCAUCCCCGCCAUGGCCGCCGCGACGCACAGCAUCAGCUUCGGCGUGACCGCCUCGACGACCUACGACGCGCCGUACGCGCUGGCCCGCCGCUUCUCGACGGUCGACCACCUGGCCCAGGGCCGCGUGGGCUGGAACAUCGUGACCUCGUACCUGGACUCGGCGGCGCGCAACUUCGGGCUGAACACGCAGAUCGAGCACGACGAGCGCUACCGCAUCGCGCACGAGUAUCUCGACGUCGUGUAUCAGCUGUGGGAGGCGUCGUGGCGCGACGGGGCCGUGAAUGCCCAUGGCGACGGGGUCACGGGGUAUGCCGACCCCGCGGCGGUGCGGCAGAUCAACCACAAGGGCAAGUAUUUUGACGUCCCCGGCCCCCAUCUCUGCGAGCCGAGUCCCCAGCGCACUCCCUUCCUCCUGCAGGCGGGCACGUCGAGUGCCGGGAAGAGCUUCGCGGCCAAGCAUGCGGAGGCGAUCUUCUUGAACGGCCAGUCGCCCGAGCUGGUGCGCCCGUCGGUGGAUAGUGUGCGUCAGCAGGCGAAGGAAUUGGGGCGGGAUGCGAAUGCGGUCAAGAUUGUGGCGGGGGUGUUGGUCAUCGUCGCGGAGACGGACGAGAAGGCGUGGGAGAAGUUCCGCGAGUAUGGCAAGUACGGGGACAAGGAGGGGGCGCUGGCGCUGUUCGGGGGCUGGUCGGGUUAUGAUCUGGCCAAGUACUCGGAUGAGGAGGAUUUCCGGUUCGUCGAGGCCCCCGCUGUGCGCAGUAUGGUGAACCACUGGGCGAAGACGGUGCCGGGUGGGGAGGGCAAGAAGUGGAAUAAGGCGACCAUUGCGGAGUAUCUGGUCAUGGGCGGCAAUGGGACGAAGAUCAUUGGGGAUGCGAAGACUGUGGCGGAUGAGUUGGAGCGCUGGGUCGAGGUCGCCGAUGUUGACGGGUUCAAUCUUAGCUAUGCCAGUGUGCCAGAGACGUUUGAUGAUAUCAUUGAGUAUCUGGUGCCGGAGUUGCAGCGCAGAGGGUUGUUUCAUACCGAGUAUGAGGUGCCAGGGGGCACGAUGCGCGAGAACUUCUAUGGGGUCAGGGGGCAGACGAGAUUGCCGGAGAGUCAUCAUGGGGCGAGGUAUUUCUGGAAGGAGGGGGAGGAAGUUCCUAAGUAUACUUUGCAGGAGAAGGAGUAG